UGCCUGAGCAGUGGUAAGGAGGGCGAGUGCCGGAUCUGUAAAGCUCCCUGCCAGACAGUCUUCCUCUCAAAACACACGGACCCAGGGGUCCAGGCGCUCUUCAUGGGCAUAGACGGCCUGUGCAGGAAGUACUCCAAGGAGACCUCCCAGAUUUCAGAAUUUCAAGAAAAACACAGAAAGAGGCUGUUAGCCUUCUACAGAGAAAAGAUCGCCAGGCUGGAGGAGUCCCUCAGGAAGGCGAUGCUGCGGGUGGAGCAGCUGCAAAGUAUGAGACCGUCCCAACACACAGCCUUCAGCGCGCUAAGAAGUCCAGUUUCAACUCCUUCAGCAGAGCCCCGCGGACAGCUGCUCCGGCCUCCCGGCUCCUCCGCCUCCUCCGAGAGAGUGGAGCCCAUGGAGGUCGACCUCACGCCCUCCCCCCUGAGAAGGCCCGAGCCAGCCGGCCCCACCAGAGUCUCCCUGAUCAGUCCUCCCCAGGACGGACGCAUGGGAUCCCACCUGUGCUGAUGCCCGGCCUGGGGGCGUCCCAAAACCUCGGCCUCCAGGCGGCUGGCAGAGCGGGAGGAGGGGGCUCGGCCCCGGCACCCAGGCCGCCCAUCAG